AUGACAGUGGUUUUGAAUGCUGCGACCGGGGGAGAGAAGAUGAAGAAAUGCUCAUUAUAUUUUUUACUCUAACAGAAUUCCCCAACAAGUUAUUAAGGGUGUAUCUUUGUGUUGGGGGUGGGGGGUGAUGUUCAAUACUGUGCAGGUAUAUAUCAGUUAAAUAUCAUCAUGAUUUCUGCCUUGCGGCAACCAAUUUCCCCAGAAAUAAUACCUGCUAAUAAUAGGUGGAGUAGAAAACUUUUAGUAUUUAGUUAAAAACUGCUCUGUAAAGGGUGUCUGGUUGGUUUAGUCAGUAGAGCAUGUAGCUCUUGAUCUCAGAGUUUUAAGUUUGAGUGAGACCCAUGUUGGGUGUAGAGAUUACUUAAAAUCUUUUAAAAAAUUGCUCUAUAAAAGUUAGCCUCAACCAGUAAUGUUCUAAAAAAUCCAUCAAGUGAAUUAAAUCCUACAUAUCCACUUCAUUCGAGCAGCUACUCUUACCCAUUUCCUGAAAUAAAGUGCUUACUUACAUUAGGAAAAUUGCCUCUCAAAUACUUGAUUUACAGUUGUUGGUCUGGAAAUUGAUUUCUUACACGGGCUUUAGGAGUGAAGGGAUCUAUGCCUGAUUUCCUCACCACCCUCACCACCCCCACCAAUUCUUUACUUUGAAAAGUUUCAAACCCAUUAAAUCUGAAAAGAAUAAGAAAGAAAUGUUGAAUAAAUACUUCUAAAUCCCUCACUUAUAUUCUUCAGUUGUUAGCAUUUUGCUAUAUAUUGGGUCUCUGUCUGUCUCUCUGUACUAAAGCAUUUGGCAGUAAAUAGACAAUUAUUUUGCUGUAUUUAAGCAUGUAUCUCCAAUAAACAUACUAUCAUUAUCUUGUCCCCCAAAUUUACAAUAAAUAUAAUACCUAAUAUUUGGACCAUAUUCAAAUUUCCCCCAUUUGCUUCCCUAAAUGUGCUUCAUGGCUGGCUUUCACCCCGAUACAGGAUCCAGUCAAGGAUCAUGCAUUACCCUUGGUUGCCAUGUUCCUUUAACCAUUUUUUCCUUUAGCCUCUUUUAUAUGGAUCAGUCGCCCUACCUUUUUGUUGUUGUUGUUUGAGACAUUAACAUUUUUCAAAGGCCAGAAUAGGUGCCUUGUAGAAAGUCCUGAAAUUUGCAUUUGUCUGAUUGUUUCCUCAUGUUUAGAUUCAGACUAACCAUCUUUGGCCAGAAAGUUACAUAGGCAAUAUCAAGUAUUUCCCAUCACAUCAUAUCAGGAGGUACCUGUUCUUCCAGAAUUGGUAGUGCCUGAUUUUUUUUUUUCCACUUGGAAAAUAAAACUAAUAAUGAUACUUGUCAUCUAGAAGAUUUCAGGAGAAAAAUGAGACAGUGUUUAUAGUGCUCUGAGGCUCUUCAAAGUAGGCCAUGAAAAUCCCACUGAGAAGAAUUGUAAAUCCUUAGAUGAGUAUCCGUGUGACUUGAGGAAAGACUGUUACAGAACCCUCUUUGGGGCGCCUGGGUGGCUCAGCCAGUUAAGUGUCUGCCUUUGGCUCCAGUCAUGAUUCUGGGGUCCUGAGAUCAAACCCCGUGCUGGGCUCCCUGCUUAGUGGGGAGCCUCCCUGUCCCUCUUCCUCUGCCCGCCCCCCGCCCCUGCUUAUUUGAUCUUUCUCUUUUUCUUUCUCUCAAAUAACAAAAUCUUAAAACAGAAAACCCUCCUAGAUGAAAAUACCCCUGCUUUCAAAGAUUUCCAGAGCAGUAAUAAUGUGCUUUCUUACUUCUUACAGCUGCGUUGUUCACAGUGGUUAGCUAACUUGCUUGCUAGACCAAAAGAGCAAGUUAAUCUCUUUCUCUAUUGCUUCUCCCUUUCCCUCUAUCUUACUAGCAAUCUAAUCAGAGUUAUGGGCUUGGCAAAAACAAUGCAUUUUACUAAAUUUGGUUUUGUUACCUGGAAUACUCAACAUUUUUCUUUCUGCUAUAUUGGAUUAAUGGGCUAUUUUUUCAAAAACUAAAUGAAAAUAAGAGGAAUUUUGUAAUAAUUUCUAGGCAAUCUCCAGCAGUAUUUCUUAGUCCUCUCUACAGAUUUUUUUGUCCAAGAAUCUCAGCUCACUAUAGAGUAGAUUUCUUGGUCCUUCUGCAAAUGGAAAUUGAGUAGAAGUACAACAUUCUCUGGGCUCUGAGAUUUGGAAGGUCUCCCACUGAAAGGAGAGCUUGAUUCAUGGAGCUCAGUCUCUGUGGCAACACAGUACUUUGUUUCAACCUUGGGAUGGUUGGCUAGUCUGCUGAAAGGGUGGCCAGCAAGGGGACCUUAUAGAACAUUGUGUAUAUUUCCACUUCUCAGAUUCAGAUGUCAGCCAGGCAAAUGUACAUAGGGCACCAAGUGUGGGAAACAUUCAAGUAAAAAAGAUACUAACUUUUUUGCCUAUAGCAUAUCCCUUGCAAAGCUUCUUUUUUUUGUUGACUAAUUGACCAAAAACCAAAAGUAAAUUAAAUUAAAGUUAAAUUAAGGAGUUUAGAAUCUAUUCAUUCUUAGUGAAGUUACCUUGGUUUUCCUAAACAUCUUUCCACAGGCUUUGGGGAAAGCUUCCCAGACUCAGAAUCAGUCUCGUUCCAUUACUAGGAGAGUAAAUGGUGUCUGUGAAACCGAGCUAGCUGUACAGCAGGGGAAGACAGCAAAAGGAGAGAAGAUAAAACGAAUCACAAGUCACUGACCAGGACUUUUGCACAGCAGUCCACUCACUUGCCUGCAACGGACUUGUCACUAGCUAUUGACCUUAGGCGAGUCAUUUAACUUCUUCAUCUGUAGCCACAGUAGCAAAGUCUAUUGGCAAUUAUGAACCAAAUUAAACUAAGUGCUUUAUUGUUAUUACCCCUUCUCAGAACAGCCCUCUGGAGUGCAUAUGGUUAUCCAGGUUUACAAAUGAAGAGCCUGAGCUUUGAAGAGUGGUUCAGUGGCCUAUCCAAGGUCACAGAGAUAGUGACUAGCGGGUGCUGCAAUUUUGUUUUCAUCUGAGACUGAGACGCCAUGUAUCUCUCAGUCUGCUAUGCUGAAGUGCGAAAUGGAGGUGGAAGAGAAAUUUGGGAGAGGACGAAAGGAAAUGGAGUCGAUGAUUUAGGGAUCACUUUCUAUGAGGACAAGCACUUUCAAGGCCGCCACUAUGACUGUGACUGCGACUGCGCCGAUUUCCACAUGUACCUGAGUCGCUGCAACUCCAUUCGAGUGGAGGGAGGCACCUGGGCCGUGUACGAAAGGCCCAACUUCGCGGGCUACAUGUACAUCCUGCCCCGGGGCGAGUACCCCGAGUACCAGCACUGGAUGGGUCUCAACGACCGCCUCAGCUCCUGCCGAGCUGUUCACCUGUCUAGUGGAGGCCAGUAUAAGAUUCAGAUCUUCGAGAAGGGAGAUUUUAAUGGUCAGAUGUACGAAACCACUGAAGAUUGCCCUUCCAUCAUGGAGCAGUUUCACAUGCGAGAGGUGCACUCCAGUAAGGUGCUGGAUGGCGUCUGGAUUUUCUACGAGCUACCCAACUACCGCGGCAGGCAGUACCUCCUGGACAAGAAGGAGUACCGGAAGCCCAUCGAUUGGGGUGCAGCUUCCCCAGCUGUGCAGUCUUUUCGCCGCAUUGUGGAGUAAUGACGUGGAGGGGGCCAAAAGCUUCUCCCGGGGGGCCACUUGCUGGCCAGCCUUGUCACCCAAAUAGGCAUCAUAAAUAAAACAAUUGGCAUGCA